CGGGGGCCCUCGGGCUGGGGGCGGGGUACGGCUGGCGCGCCCUCCUUGGCCCCACUCAAGAGUCCUUGACUGCCUCGCACAGUUGAGUUCCCGGGAUGGGAAGGGCGACCUGGGCGAUCCGCCCCCAACGCGGCCCACGGUGGGUACCAAUUUAACAGACAUUGUGGCUCAAAAAAAGAUCACCAUCCGAGAGCUGGGGGGCUGCAUGGGCCCCAUCUGGUCCAGUUACUAUGGAAACUGUCAUUCUCUCCUGUUCAUGGUGGAUGCUUCUAACCCCACCCAGCUCUCGGCAUCCUGUGUGCAGCUCCUGGGUCUCCUAUCAGCAGAAGAACUUGCAAAUGCAUCAGUUCUGAUUCUCUUCAAUAAAAUGUACGUGUCUGUGAGUGACCUGCCCUGUUACAUGACCAUAGAAGAGAUGAAGUCAUUAAUCAGGCUCCCAGACCUCAUUGCUUGCGCCAAGCAGAACAUCACCACCUUAGAAAUCAGUGCCUGGAAAGGCACUGGCUUGUCAGACGUGCUGCGCUGGCUCCAGGACACCCACAGAACCAAUGGUUGACUGCAGGGUGGAGAAGCAUGGCCAGCCUGCUCUGUGACAAGAAGGCAGAGGCGGUACUCCUUGGCCAUCGGCUGUCUGUUGCUUUUUAUAAAAGCAGGCUAAGCCCUGGAAGACGGGGUUCUGUGCUGAGUUGCAGUGAUGGAUAAACUGUCACCCAGGUUACAGAAACUCCUGAUAUCUGCCCUCUGGCUCCAGGAUUGGGAGAGGAGGACAGGCCUGCCAGGUGGCUUGUGUCCUGUACCAUCCUGCAAUGGUUUUAGGGGAAUUGUUCCCCUCUCCCCAGGAGAUCUGCUUUCCAACCUGUAAAGUUUCUGGUACCUUAACGGUGGGAUACCCCACGGACAGCGUCAGGUACAUGAGUCAGUGUGGUAGGAAAAACCAGGCUUUGGGUUAGAAAUAGUAAACCUUUACUACCCAGAGGUGCCUCCAUGGUCAGGGAUCCCGCAGGUAGGCCAGGGUGGAGAGAGGCUCUCAUGGGGUAUGGGAGGUGCUGGUGAGCUCAUGGCCAGACCCUCAGGCCACAGUUCCUCCAUGGCCCGCUGUGUUCUCAGCUAAGAGAGCUUGCAGGAAACACCUACAUCUAUUGCUGGUGCAUUUGUGUCCUAGGGCCCCUGUAAUGAAUCACCAUAAACGGUGGCUUGUAGCAACAUAAACUUAACAGUCAGGACUGGAAGCCAGAAGUCUGAAACUGAGGUAUCAGCAGGGGUGAUCCUUUUGGAGACUCCAAGGGAGAAUCCAUCCCUUGCUGUGGUUGCUGCAUGGUGUCCUUGGCUUGUGGCUUGCAAGACUUGAAUCCCUGACUCUUGUCUUUUUUUUGUUGUUGUUGUUGCGCUGGGUCUUUGUUGGUGCCUGAGGGCUUUCUCUAGUUGCAGAGAGCUGGGGCUACUCUGCCUUGCA